AAGAAAACAAAUUUUUUUCGAUUCGGUAACAAAACAUUUAUUAUGAAAAGCAAACGGAGCAGAGCGACUCCUGACGGCCUCGCUGGUAAACUGUUGGCGUUCAACGGUAUUGCAGGUCAUCGCCAGUAAAACUCUUGAAAGUUUCAUAGUGAAUGAUGUUCAACUUGUUGACUUUAACGUUCAGCGUCAUCGUUUCACAUCGUUCGUGCAGUUCCGUGCCCUUGGAUUCGACUCUAUCUUCCGCCAUCAACAUUUCGGAUUUUACAGUAGAGCCACGGCAAAAAGCGUGCUGGGAGCUGAUUGUCGAUGGAAGAAGACUCGAUCCGCAGUUCAUCGUUCGCUCCGUUUGGGCCGCCACGUUGCUAGAUUGCCAGCGGGAAUGCGAGGAUGUGCUGUUUAAUUGCGAAACCAUCGCUUACGGGAAGAAUCUACUGAAAAACACGACGUGUGAUUUAAGCGAUUGGGAAGCGGCUUCACUCAGCGUCCAGCCGUACGCAACCGACACUAUUGUGGCUCCAACGUUCAAUGUCUACAGUCGCUACGGGCGAUAUCCGAACGAAGCUCACGAUGAACGUCGGUGCAACAGUUUUGAUGACCCCGCCCACCACGAUACCACACCAUACUAUCGACCAGCGUCUACCCAAAUAGAGACUCUUUCCGAAGACGUGUGUUAUUCGGUCAUUUUUAAUGGACGUCGAUUGAGCCAUCGUUACAUUGAACGUUCCGUAGCUGUCAUCAGCCUGGACGAAUGCAAAUUACUUUGUACUCGUGAAACUUCCUUUGAUUGCAGAUCGUUUAAUUACAGACGGAGAUUGUCAUCAACCAAUUGCGACUUGAGUCGUGAAGAUUCGGCCAGUUUGGACGUGACGAGCAGCCGAGUUUUCUUCACAGAUCCGGACGUCGAUUUUUAUCAACGCGUAGGUCGCGGUCAGAGUUGCUAUCGACCUUUUGUACGUCCUCCAGCAUCGCCAGCACCUUCAUCCGGAAGCGAAUACUACUACGGUUCAAGUAAUCCAGGAUCGAUCAUCCAGCGUCCCAUUACCUCCGUCCAGCCUUCCAGUGUCACAACCAUCAGUGAAUGUUAUCGACGUUUGAAAUCGGGUUAUCGGCUCGAAUCGAGAAUCGUUCGUGACUCACUGAACGUCCGAAAUCUUUACGAAUGUCAAACGGAAUGUCAUCGCUCCAGGAUAUUUGUUUGUCGAUCGUUUAGUUAUCGGCAAGCGAUUAAUGGAUACAAUUCUGGAGGUGGGAAUAACUGCGAGUUGAGCGAUUUAGAUCCACGUGAAUGGGAUCCCGUCCGACAUCUCGUGAUUGAUCGUGAGGCCGAUAUCUACGAGCGCAGUUUGGUCGGCCGCAAUUGCCGCGAUACGCCCGUCACGACCUGGAACAAUCGACCGACCAAGCCCAGCACCCUUUGUUUCCUCCGCACUAAAAGUGGAAUCCGAAUGGACCGUCGUGCCAUCCGCCAUUCCGUGACGGCCAAUUCUCCUGUCGAGUGCGAACAGGAAUGCAUUAAUUCGCAAUAUUUCACCUGCCGAUCGUUCAGCUACCGGUUUACCAGCACUGCAAGUCUGUCUGAAUUGUAUCACAAAGUCUACGAGAAUUGCGACAUGAGCGACAUAGAUCUCAACUCGAUGGACCCGUUGCGUGAUUUGAUCGAUGAUCGAGGCUACGAUUCUUGGCAAAGGACGAGUUACAGCCGGGACUGUGACAUUGGCAGCUAUCGUUUACCAGACACGAGCGGUGACGGUUACUUCAACCGUGACGACGAAGAGCAUCACUUCACCUCGUUAAACCCUUGGUUUUACAACAAUCAACGCCCUUACCCACUACUAACCGGCUCCGCUACGGCCUCAUCGAGAUGUUACAUUUCCUAUCGACGCGGUUUCCGCAUGGUCCAGCGCCUGGUACGCGAUUCGAUUCACGUCCGCAACUUGGCCGAAUGCGAAUUGGAGUGUAGCCGGACGAGGCCGUUUACCUGCCAAACGUUCCACUUCAGAUACACGAACCUGGAAGGCGGUUACGACCGUAACCCGUACAAUUGCGAGCUGAGUGAUGUGUCGGCCAGGGAUUUCGAUCGAUACCGCGACAUGACCGAAGACCGUGACUACGAAUUAUUUACACGUUCGCAAUUCUCUUCUUGCGUUCACAGCUUCAAUACUCUCGAAUCGGCAAGUCAACUGAGUCCAAUUUUAGCGAGUAGCUCUACGGAAGUGACGGUGAGUGGGAUCCGCUGCCGGGACGGAUCCAAGUGCCGGCCUCAUCGUGAACUCGGCUAUUGGUACUGCGAGAUCGACAACAGUUACUACAAAUUCAACAACAAUUGGGACUAUUGUUGCCAGCCUCAAUCGCGUUGCGGAUACUCUGACGGAUACACUUAUCCGUGGUGCAUGGUGGGCUCGGAAGCAUCCGGCCAAUGGCGACCGUGUUCCGAUCGUUACGCCGAACGUCCGUACGCUUACCUGCACCGCACUUUACCGCCCAAUGCGACAGAAACGCAAGGCGCUUUUCGGCCGCUAAAGAAUGACGAGGAUGUAAUCCGGCCCGUCGAUUCAAAUUCGGCUGAUUAUUUACGGUCCGGUUCACAUAUUAUCGUUCAAACAAAUUGCACCGAAUCGAAUUGAUUGAUUUUUUUUCUUCUGUUCUUUUACUUUCCCCCCUUUUUUUCUGAACGAAGGGUUUCUAUUUAUGAUAGAUUGCCAUCACGACCACACCCUUUGGGAAUCGUGCCUUUUAUUUUUUUUCGUGCGUGGUGAAGGUACUAUUAUUUAAUAAUUGAUUGUUAUCUUUGAAUGUUGUUUUCUUGUUUUUUUAAAUAUUUUUAUUGUCACUAAACUGGUCGAUUCACAGUUUCACAAUUAGAUCGUUUUACUUGUCGGACACAAUUCUUGGCCUCAUUUCCGAAAACAAACAAACAAAUAUUUCAAAUGCAAAAAGAAUUCAGGCAUCGUCCAGUAAAACAUACAUCCAAGAAUGUUUUCUUUUUUUUUUUGUGAAUAACAAAAGUUUUCAAGUCGAAAGGGUUUAAUGAAACAUACACAAAAAAAUAUUAGAAAUCGUGAACGACAAGGGGAAAUUUCGUAAAAACACGGGCACGUCACGUUUGCAUCGAGUGGUCUAUAAGGCGGACACCGGCGUCCAUCUUGAACAUUGCGAUAUAAUAUUGAGGAGAAUUUUAAAGCACCUGAUUAAAAUUAAUGAAAAAAAAAACAAGUCUAGAUGGCGCGAUUAUUACGUUUUUUUUUUUGUGCCAUCGAAUGGAAUGUUAAAUUUCAAAACACAAAGAAAUUAAAUUUGUUAUAAUAAAGAAGAAAUGCGAAGUCGUCGACGACAGUAACAUCGUCACGAGAUCGGACA